GCCGGAGGGGGCUCGGGACGCCGCGCGCAGACCUGCUCCCGCUGCGCGCCGCGCCGCCCUCCUCCGAGAGUAGCAGCAGUAGCCGCGGCGGCCGCAGGGGUUCCCGGCUGCCGCAGCUCCUCAGGGGAGCCGAGCGCGCCUCCUGCGAGCCCAGCACCCCCAACCUGCUCGCCGCGCGCAGCUGAGCCGCCGCGCGGGACUCGUCGCCCAACAUGGAUUUCCUCCUGGCGCUGGUGCUCGGGUCCUCGCUCUAUCUGCAGGCGGCCGCGGAGUUCGACGGGAGGUGGCCCAGGCAAAUAGUGUCAUCCAUUGGCCUGUGUCGUUAUGGUGGGAGGAUUGACUGCUGCUGGGCCUGGGCCCGCCGGUCCUGGGGACAGUGUCAGCCUGUGUGCCAGCCACAGUGCAAACACGGUGAAUGCAUCGGACCAAACAAGUGCAAGUGUCAUCCUGGAUAUGCCGGCAAAACCUGCAAUCAAGACGAACACUUGUACCCAACUCCUCUUGACCAAGGCAGUGAACAGCCUCUUUCACAACCCCUGGAUCAUCAAGCCACAAGUUUACCUUCAAGGGAUUUAAACGAGUGUGGCCUGAAGCCGCGGCCCUGCAAGCACAGGUGCAUGAACACUUACGGCAGCUACAAGUGCUACUGUCUCAACGGAUACAUGCUUAUGCCGGAUGGAUCCUGCUCAAGUGCCCUGACGUGCUCCAUGGCAAACUGUCAGUAUGGCUGUGAUGUUGUCAAAGGACAAAUUCGGUGCCAGUGCCCCUCUCCUGGCCUACGGCUGGCUCCUGAUGGGAGGACCUGUGUGGACAUUGAUGAAUGUGCUACUGGAAGAGCCUCCUGCCCUAGAUACAGGCAGUGUGUCAACACUUUUGGGAGUUACAUCUGCAAAUGUCAUAAAGGCUUCGACCUCAUGUACAUUGGAGGCAAAUACCAAUGUCACGAUAUAGAUGAAUGCUCCCUUGGUCAGUAUCAAUGCAGCACCUUUGCUCGAUGUUACAACGUACACGGGUCCUACAAGUGUAAAUGUAAAGACGGAUACCAGGGCGACGGACUGAAUUGUGUUUAUAUUCCAAAAGUCAUGAUUGAACCUUCAGGUCCAAUUCAUGUACCAAAGGAAAAUGGUACCAUUUCAAGGGGCGAUGGAGGACACAGUAAUUGGAUCCCUGAUGUCAGAAGUACUAGGUGGCCUCUGAAGACACCCUAUGUACCUGCUGUCAUUACCAGCAGGCCCACCUCUGAGCCAACAGCAAGACCUGCCCUGAAGCCAGCGCCACAGCCUGCCCCACCCACAGAACUCAGAACACCUCCACCAGCAGCAGCCCCAGGAGGACCAACCACCAGCCUGACAAGUGUAGCACCAGUUGCCACUGUGUCUCCAAGAAGGAUUACAGUUGACAACAGGAUACAGACAGAGCCUCAGAAACCCCGAGGAGAUGUGUUCAUUCCGCGGCAGCCUUCAAAUGACUUGUUUGAAAUAUUUGAAAUUGAAAGAGGAGUCAGUGCAGAUGACGAAGCAAAGGACGAUCCAGGUGUUCUGAUACACAGUUGUAAUUUUGACCAUGGGCUUUGUGGAUGGAUCCGAGAAAAAGACAGUGACUUGCACUGGGAACCAGUGAGGGAUCCAGCAGGUGGACAGUAUCUGACAGUCUCGGCAGCCAAAGGCCCGGCGGGAAAGGCCGCUCGCCUGCUGCUCCCCCUCGGCCACCUCCUACACUCAGGGGACCUGUGCCUGUCGUUCAGGCACAAGGUGACGGGGCUGCACUCCGGCACGCUCCAGGUGUUUGUGAGAAAACACGGUGCCCACGGAGCAGCCCUGUGGGGAAGAAAUGGUGGCCACAGCUGGAGGCAAACGCGCAUCACCCUGCGAGGGGCUGACGUCAAGAGCGUCAUCUUCAAAGGUGAAAAAAGGCGUGGUCACACUGGGGAGAUUGGAUUGGAUGAUGUGAGCUUGAAAAAAGGCCACUGCUCUGAAGAACGCGAGCAACUCCAGAACUAGCAAUGAACCCCAUGUUGCUCCCUUUUCUUUUUCCAACCUUCACCUCCUGUCCUUUCCUCCCUCGUAUCAGGCCUAGGAGAAGAGUGGGUCAGGAGAAAGUCUGGUUGGUGACCCACAUCUUGCUGGCCUGCUUUUGUGCAAUCCCAGUGAACAGUGACACCUUCCUUGAAAUACAGGGGGGCAUCUGUAGAUGUGUCCAAAGCCAUCUUUGGGUGUUACCUUUCAUCCUUUGUCUCUUAAGAAGGCCUUCAGUGUGUGUGACCUAUACCGUCCUUCAUCCUGGUUACAAGGUGUUCCUUGUAGCAAAUUAGAGGAGAAGUUUUCAAAAGAAAUCUGUGCAAAUGACCAUUCUGUUAUCUGUUCAGUGUUGUACCACAAGUAGUAUUGACUUCCCCUAAGAUGCGUUGUACAAUGUGCUUGUGAAAUUGGUUUCUCCUCUCCACUUGGUAGUUCUGGUCUGACCUGAACUCUGACUUUUACUGCCACUCACUUUAUAAAAGAAGGGUAUGUAGCAUAUCAAGAUGCGUUUAUUCUUGUUAUCUGUAUUUUUCUUUUAAAGACAAUUAUGUAGAGUGGGCACGCAAUCCUCGUUAGUAGUACUGUGUUUUGUGUAAAUGUGUUAUUGGUAUUAAGUAGUUAUGUGUUCCUAAUAUUUACAGACUCUAGUUGCAAGGGAAAGGCAGCUUAUGAUCUCUUGAGUUAAAAAAAUACAUGGUGGAAUGGCAUCCAGUUCCAUGACCUUAUAUUGGCAGCAAGAGAAAAUUGGAAGAGGUGUCUGUGGUUGUAGGGAGAUGAAUUUUUUAACGGCCUUGAGUUUGAUCACUACAAAGUAAUAGACAGGAAACUGUAGUUAACAUGUAAAACCCUCACUGUUUCAGGUUACACUUUAAAACCAACAGCCUUUACCAUAACAACAUGGUUCUUUCUGGUAAUAUGUAAGAAGCUUUUGGAAGUUCUGGUUGUUUCAAAGAAAAGCUUCUGUUUGUGGAAGCUUGGUGUGGGGAAACAUGGGGGAAGCUCCGUUGAAAUAGAUUUUCAUACUGACUUUUCAAUGAGUAUAAAUUUAGGCAGGUCUAGAUCACAACUUAUGUGCUGUUGUGUCAGGAAGGGUUGGGAAGCGAGUCUCAUGCUUUGAAGCAUCGGACGUGCUGGAAUGGGAUUCUCACACACACACACUAAAUCAACAGGACAAGAUUGGAAUUCUAAGAUCUAUGAACCCCUAACUAUAUUUCCUCCCUGCAAAGUUUACCUUUAGAUUUAAACAAAAUACAUAACUUUUAAAAGGCAACUUACUCCUGAGGCUUUUCUUUAUUUCCAAUUAAGUAAUCAAACUAUUUUCUGCUGUUUUUGCCAGGAAUCACAAAGAUGAUUAAAGGGUUGGAAAAAAA